CUUUUGCUUUGUUAGCUUAACCUUUACCCCUUCUCUCUUCAAGUCUUUUCUACAUCACUUCACAGGUCACACCUUUCACACUCAAAACUCCCAUUUUUCCAACUCUCAGCUCAGCUCUCUCUACUCUCUUCACCGCCCAUUUCUCAAAGAAAGGUGAGUUUUUUUUUUUUUUAGCUCUUUAAGCUCCUCCACAUUUGCUCGUAACGGUCACUUUCUUCUUCUUCUUGUAAAGAUGCUGUCUGCUUUUGUUUUCUUGGUGCUUGUUGUCUGCAACUUCAAUGGUUUUGUUGAGUCUUUGAAUGGUGAAGGCUAUGCUCUUUUGUCUUUUAAGCAGUCCAUUUAUGAGGACCCAGAAGGGUCUUUGAGUAACUGGAACUCUUCUGAUGAAAACCCUUGUUCAUGGAAUGGUGUUACAUGCAAGGAGCAAAGAGUGAUCUCUGUUAGCAUUCCAAAGAACAAGCUUUAUGGCUUUCUUUCUUCUUCUUUAGGCUCUCUCUCUGACCUUCGCCAUGUUAAUUUAAGGAAUAAUAAGUUUUUUGGAAGUUUGCCUACUGAGCUCCUUGAAGUUCAGGGGCUACAGAGUUUGGUCCUUUAUGGAAAUUCUUUCUCUGGGCCUUUGUCAAAUGAGAUUGGCAAGCUUAAGUACCUUCAAACCUUAGAUUUAUCACAGAACUUCUUUAAUGGGUCAUUGCCUGCAUCCAUGGUGCAAUGCAAGAGACUGAAAGCCCUUGAUCUUAGUCAAAAUAAUUUUACUGGUCCUUUGCCAGAUGGGUUUGGUACUGGUUUGGUUUCACUUGAAAAACUUGAUCUUUCAUUCAAUAGGUUCAAUGGUUCAAUUCCUAGUAACAUGGGAAAUCUGUCUAGUUUACAAGGAACUGUUGAUUUGUCCCAUAAUUUAUUCAGUGGUUCAAUUCCAGCUAGUUUAGGAAAUCUUCCUGAGAAAGUUUAUAUUGAUCUAACUUAUAACAAUUUGAGUGGACCAAUACCUCAAAGUGGUGCUCUAAUGAAUAGAGGACCAACUGCAUUUAUUGGGAAUCCGGGCCUAUGCGGGACACCAUUGAAGAACCCGUGUUCUGAUGCUUCGAGCGCAAAUUCGCCAUCCUCGUAUCCGUUUUUCCCUAACAAUUACCCGCCUGAGAAUCCGGGUGAUGAUCGUAGAAAGAUUGAGAAAGGAAGAGGGCUAAGUAAGGGUGCUAUAGUUGCUAUAAUAGUGGGUGAUGUAAUUGGAAUUUGCCUUGUUGGGCUGUUGUUCUCGUAUUGUUAUUCAAGGAUUUGUGGUUGUGGCAAGGGUAAGGAUGGAAACGGUUAUGGUUUUGAGAAAGGAAAGAAGGGAAAGAAAAAGUGUUUUUGCUUUAGGAAAGAUGAAUCUGAGACUCUAUCCGAGAAUGUGGAGCAGUAUGAUCUUGUGCCACUAGAUACUCAGGUGGCUUUCGACUUGGAUGAGCUGCUUAAGGCCUCAGCAUUUGUUCUGGGAAAGAGUGGAAUUGGGAUUGUCUACAAAGUUGUUCUUGAAGAUGGACUAACCUUAGCUGUGAGAAGAUUGGGUGAAGGUGGGUCUCAAAGGUUCAAGGAAUUCCAGACAGAAGUUGAAGCAAUCGGAAAGCUAAGGCAUCCUAAUAUUGUAACCCUCAGAGCUUAUUACUGGUCAGUUGAUGAGAAACUCCUCAUCUAUGAUUACAUACCUAAUGGAAGCCUUGGCACUGCACUUCACGGGAAGCCAGGAAUUGUACCGUUCACUCCAUUAUCUUGGUCAGUUCGGUUGACAAUCAUAAAAGGGAUUGCAAAAGGCUUGGUUUAUCUUCAUGAAUUUAGUCCCAAAAAGUAUGUCCACGGAGAUCUGAAGCCAAGUAAUAUUCUGCUUGGACAGGACAUGGAACCACACAUAUCCGACUUUGGACUUGGACGCCUCGCUAAUAUUGCUGGUGGUUCCCCAACUCUGCAAUCUAAUCGAAUUCCUGUGGAGAAACCUCAAGAAAGACAGUCAAGGAGUGUAUCUUCGGAAGUUACUGCAACUAAUGGGUCAGGUAACUUGGGAUCUUAUUAUCUGGCCCCUGAAGCACUCAAAGUGGUGAAGCCAUCACAGAAAUGGGAUAUCUACUCCUAUGGGGUAAUCUUACUAGAAAUGAUUACAGGAAGAACACCAGUUGUCCAAGUGGGAUCCUCGGAAAUGGAUCUUGUCCACUGGAUUCAGCUCUGCAUUGAAGAGAAGAAGCCACUUGCAGAUGUUUUAGACCCAUAUUUAGCACCUGACGCUGACAGGGAAGAAGAGAUUAUCGCGAUCCUAAAGAUCGCAAUGGCUUGUGUUCAUUGCAGCCCUGAAAGGAGACCUACAAUGCGGCAUAUCUCUGAUGCUUUGGACAGAUUGGUUACUUGCAGUGACUAAGAAACCUCUUAAAGCAAAGAAUCCUGAGCUCAGUGAUUCUUGAAAUUCUCUCAAAUACACAUAAUCACGGCGUCGCGAGAGAUGAUGAAUGGUUGUGCUUCAACUUAAAAUGUGUAGCCUAUUACAGUUGCUCUAGUGUGGAGAAAUUAUGCAAGUCGUUUAUUAAAGAAAUGUGUUCAUCUUUUUAUUAUUUGUUGUAGUAUUUUUCUCUUUAUGAUUGAAUAUGAGCUAGAUGAAUGUAGGUCUGCCAUAAGAGCAUGCUAUGAGAGAUUCCAACUGCUCUUGCAUUUGUUUACUCUUAGUAUAUAUAUGUGUGAAGAAAAUAUCUUCUUCUUCUUCUUUCUCU